AUGGCCGACGAAUCUACUCUCCACGACGCUUUUGCACUCUUUGACAAAUCCGCUUCAGGUAAGGUCUCCACCUCAUCUCUUGGUGAUCUUUUACGUGCUGUUGGCCAAAACCCUUCAUUGAAAGAAAUAUCUGAUUUACAGGAUUCUAUUACAGGUUCUGAAUUUUCCUUUGCACAAUUCAAGGAGAUAGUUGAAAGAGAAGGCGGAUUCAAACCAUUGGGAAAACCAGAGGACUAUAUCAAGGCAUUCCAAAUUUUUGAUAAAAAUUUAACAGGUUUUAUAAGUAUCGGUGAUCUCAAAUAUAUUUUAACUUCAAUCGGCGAGAAACUCUCUGAGGAGGAAUUCAAUGAAUUGCUGAAAAACGUCACCAUCACAGAUGAAAACUCAGUUGAUUAUGCUGAAUUUGUCAAGAGUAUUUUAUCUCAAUAA